UGGAGUGACAUUUAUAGUUUGAAGUUUUGAAUUCGAUUAUUUUUAACACAUCACAAACAAAGGGUACGUUUUCUGAAUUACAUAUUAAUUUUUUAGACACACAUUCAAUUUAUUUUUGAAAAAUGCCUUUACUCGAUAUAACAAAUCCCGCGGUCAUCAUAUUCCUGAUCGAAAAUUAUGAGAAAGAAAACCGGUUACGACUUAACUGGAUCCACAAGAAUUGGGAACAGAUUCAGCAAGCCGCUACACUCACUAGAGAGCCUACUAACUACUUCGAGACUGAUGUCAUAGCCCACGGCAUGGUUGAGGGCUUGCCGACUAUAACAAGAGAUCAUAUUGUAGCGGGCAACAACAGACGCAAAGUGCCUAUACGUGACGGAACCUUCAUACCUGGUGUUAAACAUCUCCGACAUGGGCACUCCAUAGUCGACGUAGGUCUCGGUGAUCCGAAAGAGGAUCCUAGACUCGCAAAGCCCGACGACGAUCUAACUGCUGAUCCAAUAAUGCGUCCAGUUGAUCCCGAAGUAAAAGGCGUGAUAUACAAACCUAAACCGGAGUUUGGAAGAGAGCAGUAUUUGGUAAAGCGCAGCAGAAUUGCGCCGGAGAAAAAAUACUAUUUCGCUGAAAGCACUGGUUUCGAGUACGGAUGGCGUCUCAAAGAUAGUGAGUUGCGUCAGAAGCCGGUUUACGGAAGGUGCUGGCAUCUAACUAGGGCUUUGCGCAGUCGAGUUGGUCCGCAACCAGAUCCACCGCAUUACAAGCCUUCGGAACCUCCGGGCGCAAAUAAAUGUACUGGUAUUUAGAUAGAUGGCACUAUUCGAGAGUACACGACACACGACAUCAUUUAUAGACCUGUAAAUCUAUUAGUACCUAACCUAUACAUAUAGCCAAUUAGCCACAUAUAGCUAUUAUUUUCUUUUGGUAGGUAAUGAAAUGUGACAUAUUACCGAUGAUAGAAUCUGAAAUAAAUGAUCAGUGACAUACCUUGCAUACGCUCGAGAUUUUUGCUACAUUUCAGUUACUCUAUUGUAAUAAAUUUCAUUUUCUUGAAUA